AUGAGGCAUCUUUCAGGUUCGUUCACGACGGCGACCCUGCUAACCUUCUGCCUUCUGCCGCUGCUGUUGCAGGUGGCACAGAGCAGCAACGGCGAUUUUAGCUAUUUUUACGGCAAGAUCGCCCCGACGGACACGCUGUGCGCGAAGAAGGUUGUCGGCAUCGGCACCAAGACGCCGGUGCAGGUGGAUUACAGCAGCGCCCAGCGUCCGAUAACAGCUGUCAGCCUGGACGCGUCGAACGUGGCCUAUCAGGGUUUCAACGUGUUCGUCGCCGGCGGUGCCAUCGGCCAGCAGCGCAUCACGUUCAGCCUGACCGGACCGUGGAUUUUGCCGUACUACAUCGAGCUGGACUAUUACUGUGGCCAACGGUAG